UCCCUAUGUCCUUGUCUGUUUCCAAGUUCCAAAUGGAUUCAAGCAAUCCAGAAAUCUCUGUCGAUGUUCCUCCUUACCUUCGAGUCCACAAGGACGGGACCCUUGAGAGAAUAGCCGGCACCCAAGUUGUUCCUGCGGGUUUCGAUUCUGAAACUAAUGUUGUCUCCAAAGACAUCAUUAUCACACCAGAAACAGGUGUCACAGCCAGGUUAUACCGUCCCAAUUUCACCGCCAAAACUGCUAAGCUUCCUUUAGUUAUUUACUUCCAUGGUGGGGCCUUUUGCAUCUCUUCCGUCUCUGAUCCCCUCUACCAUAACUCCCUCAACAAACUCGUAUCAGAGGCUAACGUUGUUGCUCUCUCCGUCAAUUAUAGGUUAGCACCAGAGCAUCCACUUCCAGCUGCAUUCCAAGAUUCUUGGGCUGCGGUUCAAUGGGUUGCAUCUCAUGCUGCGGAAGCGGAAGAUCAUGAAUACCAUGAACCCUGGCUCAGGGACAAAGUUGACUUUGGCAGGGUGUUCUUGGCAGGUGAUAGUGCUGGUGCUAACAUUGGACACUACAUGGCCUUAAGGUUGCAUGUUCUGGAAUCUGGUCUAACUAAAGAUUUCAAGGUCCCGGGUCUUAUCAUGGUCAAUCCUUAUUUCUGGGGGAAGGAACCCAUUGGAGUGGAGAUCACUGAUCCAGUGCGGAAGAAAAUGGUAGACAAGUGGUGGGAUUUUGUUUGUCCUUCUGACAAAGGGAAUGAUGAUCCACUAAUCAACCCAUUUGUGGAGGAAGCUCCGGGUUUUGAAGGGUUGGGUUGCAAGAAGGUGCUUGUUAUUGUUGCUGAGAGAGACAUAUUGAGGGAAAGGGGGAAGCUUUAUCAUAAAAAAUUGGUGAACAGCGGUUGGAAAGGAACGGCUGAGUUUUAUGAGACUCAAGGGGAGGAUCACGUCUUUCAUAUCUUCGACCCAAAUUGUGAUAAAGCCAAGAGCUUGGUUCAACGCAUGGCUGCUUUCAUUAAUGAACACUGAAGCUUUACAAUGAUAGUAGUGUGUGUGGAAGCAUAAUAAUAUUGAAUAAGGGUUAAGUAGCCAUAGAUUACCUCUACUCCAGAAUGGACCUCUGAAUCUCAUGUUAGAAAUCCAUAAUACUUGUUUUGCUUGCCUGUUUCCAAUUAUCGUUAUAUGCUUUGUUGCCUAGCAAUAUUGUAUAUUCUAUAAAUGAGUUCAUAUGUAGGGCUUCGUGUUUCCGUGUUUCAACUUUCUACCCAAUUUACUUUAUUCAUAUAUCGUAAUAAUCAUAGUGAGAUAGAUCUAUACAUCAUUUCGCCUUAAAGAAUCUCAACUAACCUGAACAUUUGUUCAUGAAUUUAAGAAUGUGCCUCUGUCAAAC